GUUCCAGAGUGAGGCUUGAGCCGCAGACAGGCCGUGUGCGCAUGCUCCGAACGGCAAAACGCUAAGACGCUUGGCUGCUCCGCCCGGGAAGUUUCUUCUCUCCCUCUAGCUUACUUGUAUUCAUUCAUCCUUUAGUACAUAGGAGAGGAGAUGGGUGCGCGGUGUCUCGCCUGGUAAUAGCCCCCCUCGCUCCCCCCGCGUGGGACAGAAGUUCGGCUUGCUGUGCAGUUAUCGCUGCCUGGUGUAUGGAGCCGGGGGGAGUGCGCUGGGUGCUUGUGUUAAUCCCAUACUGAGCGUGAUGGCAUCACAGAAAAGGAAGUCAUCCCUGGUUGGACCUACUGCCAAACGCCAGAAAAUUGGUAAAGACAAUGAACAACCUUCUGUUACAAACCAGCGAAAAAACAGUGUUUCAGGUGGGAAGUCCAAAGUCCAGCAAUGCUCACAAAAGAACAAGUCCCAGAAAUCUAAAUCGCCUUCUGUUCCAGCAAAGAAAAGAAAUGGUAUUGCAAAAACGCUUAAAGCCACCCCAUCUUCAAAAAGAAAAACUGCAGGGAAAAGCCCUUUGAAACCUAAAACACCUGUAAAAAAAACGAAUGCGAGAUCCACUUUGCACUCGUCUGCUGUGAAAUCUGUACAAAAAAAGAAAACUGCACAGUCCAAAAAAGCCAGAAAUAAAGAUGUGCCUGCCAGGAGAACAUCAGUGAAAGUACCCAAAGCAGUAACCAGUUUAAGAAGAAGUGAUACAACUUCAGUUACUACUUCGAAAGCCUCAAAGAGUAGUCGAGCUGGUCUGGCCAAGGAAACUGGAAAACAAAAUAAUAAAAACUCAUCCCAAAAAGGUAAAAAGUUGAGCAAGAUUCUUGUCUCUCCUCAGCCAAGAGUGUCUAAGAAGAAGGCUCAGUGCCGCACAGGUAACCAAAUAAACGAGAAACCGUUAUUGUUGCCACAUGGGACAAAAACUGAAAAGCUCCUGGAAAGUUCAGGCACAGAUAUUGAGUUGCGAAGGAAAUCUGAAAGGAUUAUUCAGGUAAAAUCACAAUCUGUUUCAACUACUGAGAAGCAAGCAGGAAAUCACAAAGAGGCACCUGCUGCCCCAAGAGAGAACACCAAGCACAAACAUGGCAAGCAGCUUAAAUCAUCUAGUGUAAGUGAAACAAAAGGUAUUCGAUCUAAAAAAUUAGACCGGCUUUCGAACAGACAGCUCUUACCGCUCGACGACUUUGAAAGUAAGAAGAGGACUAAAGUGAUGCACAUGACAGUUGCUAAGAAUUCCCUAAUUACAAGAAAACCAAAAAAAAACACAGCAGGAACAAAGAAAAAAUCUAAUAAAAAUACUUCUAGUGAAAAUUCACAAAGUGAAGAGCAGAAAAGCCAAAACCUUGACUUGGUCUCCAUAGAUUCUUUGUUAAAUACGUCUGUUGGUUCCACUCCUAGUUUACAUACAUCAGGUGUAUCAUCACCUGGAAAAACAAAGACUGAAGUGAAAAAGUCAAAGGUACCUUCAGCUACACCUGUAAAACGCAAAGCUAGUGCUAUUAAACCUUUGAUUAAAAGACAGAAAACUGGGCAAUCAGGUGGUGACAAGCAAGCUUCGUCAGUUACAGAUGACUCAAAAAGUAGAAGGGUUAGUAUCUUGGACUUGUGCCAUGAAAUUGCUGGAGAAAUUGAGUCUGAUACUGUGGAAGUUGUGAAAGAGGUCCAGAACUCUGAAAAUGUUCCCAAAGAAGAGAGCCUGAUAGAGGAGAAGAAAGAGGAGAUGCAGCAGGAGACAUUACAACUGGUUCCUUCCGAAGAAAGCCCUUCUAAGUGUUUCUUUCCAAGCAGAAAAUCCUCUCAAAUGAAAGCCAAGAUAGAGCAAAAAAAAAGACCUGCACAAAGAAACACAAAAUGGAAUAAAAUCAAGCUGAAGAAGCGCAAUAACUUUGGCCAUAAUAUGCUUAGAAACAGAGCCAUGCUUCCGAGUUUGGCUUCAAUUACAGCAAAACCUGUUGCCUUAAAAAUAAGCCAGCCUAUGGUAAGCACAUUGAGUUCCAGUAAGAGCACAAAUAAAGAUUCUGAUGCAACUUUGUCAACACAAACUGAUUUUAUAAAACCAAACCUCUCAGAGAACAGCAAAUCGAGAACUCCAGACCAAGGAAAUAUAUCGGAAAAGAGAGCAGAAAAUGGCAUAUUGGAAAACCAUAUUAAUCAUGAGUUAGAGAUGGCACUUGAUGAGAGCUUUAGGUUACAUUUGGAGUCCAGUCCCGAAAAUACUCCUUUAAAAAAGGGGGCAUCUCUGUUAGUCGGCAAAGAAGCACAAGACUGUGUUUCCAAGCAUCUGUUUCAUAAUUUCGUCACAGACCAGAUGACUACAUCUCCUGCAAAUGGGAGUACAGUGACAAAACCGUUAUUGGCUGCAAAACCUAGUACAUUGACCUCAGAGGCAAAUCUGCAGAAAGAAAUUAAGAAGUUAAGAGACGCGGAGAAGGAUAGCAGCAAGCAGCCCAUAAUCGACGCAGGUCAGAAACAGUUUGGCGCGCUAUCAUGCAGCAUCUGUGGAAUGUUAUACACGGCAUCAAAUCCUGAAGAUGAAACCCAGCACUUACUGUUUCACAACCAGUUCAUCAGUGCUGUAAAAUAUGUGGGCUGGAAGAAGGAGAGACUUGUGGCAGAGUAUCCUGAUGGAAAGAUCAUCAUGGUGUUACCGGAUGAUCCAAGAUAUGCGCUUAAAAAGGUUGAAGAAAUCCGAGAAAUGGUGGAUAGUGAUCUAGGUUUUCAGCAGGUUCCCCUGAGGCUACAUUCCAGAACAAAAACACUUUUAUUCAUUAGCAAUGACAAGAAGGUGGCUGGGUGUUUGAUAGCAGAGCACAUUCAGUGGGGCUACAGGGUGAUUGAUGAAAAAGAUCCUGGAGAUAAUUUGGAAAGCGAGUCAGCCAUUUGUGAGAGGGUAAAAGCCUGGUGCUGUUCAACUACACCUGAACCAGCCAUCUGUGGAAUAAGUCGUAUUUGGGUGUUUUCAAUGAUGAGGCGGAGGAAGAUUGCCUCCAGGAUGCUUGAGUGUUUAAGAAAUCACUUCAUAUAUGGCUCUUAUCUGAGUAAAGAAGAAAUUGCAUUUUCGGACCCAACACCAGAUGGCAAACUGUUUGCAACACAUUAUUGUGGCACCAGUCAGUUUCUUGUGUACAAUUUUGUCAAUGGACAGAAUCUGAUGAGUUGAAGCAAGGACUUCACAGCUGAAAUAGUUCACAGAGCCCUGUUUAUUUUUAGUAUUCUCCUAAAAGUGAACUCAGGAUAUGAACACCCAAAGGGCUGUUCGGUUUUAAUAAAACUGGAAAAAAGAUUCAGAAAAAAAGCUUAAUUUUUUUUUAAGCAAAUAUUUUGCUAUCUUUUUUUUCAGCAGAUUCUAGUUUAAGUAUUUUCUACACACUAGUCUUGUAUCAUGCAACAUAUUGUUUUGUUUGCAGCAGACUAAACUAACUGUAAAAAUAGAAGCCUUGAUGAUAAGUGUAAACUGAAGAUCUUUUAUUUUUUGGUAUAUACAAGUACAGCUGCUUACAUGUGGUGGACACUUUGUAUUUUCUUUUUUUAUGUCUGUUGAGUGCCAGACGGCACAAGUGGCUUGUGGCUUGUGCUGACACUCUGCUUAAAGUAUAUCCUGCAUAAUUUAUGCCAGUAUUGUCAUAAAACUUUAAAUUGUACAAUGAUAGUCAUCGUGAUACAACAUUGGUUUGCAGUGAACAAUUUAACCUGCAAGUGUUCCUACCACGAUCUAUAGGAGUCCUAACAUCAUGUUAUGUUCAGAUUUCCCCUUUAAACCACCCAUUUAGAGAAUGUCAGCUUGUAGUAUCAGAUGGCACGUGUGACAUAGUGAAGUUCAGUUCCAGAGAUGGUUCUUUGGUCACAAAGUGAUUUUAUUCCUUUACUGGUCAGCAAACGUUUCACGACUACCCUAAAUAGUUUUUAGGGAUAUAAUGUAUGCAUUGUCUUGUAAUAAGUGUUUUUGAUUUGCACACGAGAAACUGGUAGCUUCACUGUCUGAAAUGUUACUCUUGGCAGCAUUGUUCAAUUCCUAGUUCUGUGCUGUGUAUAUACCUUUUUUAAAGACUUCAGUAUGAGACUUGUCUAAGAUUCAGCGACUCUUGUUUUAAGAGUUAAUACUGUAUGUUCAUAAACUGCUGUGGCCUUUCUGUAAAUGUGUAGAAUAUGAAUAAAAAGUUGCCUUUAUAAAAGAAAAUAAAAUUCCCCUGAUAUUUUAAAACU